CUUCAUCCAUCCUAUAAUAACUUCCUUUUAUUGGUUUGAUGUUUUGUUUAAUUUUUAAACAUUUCACUUUGAAUUCUGGAUAUUACUUCAGUUUUCUAAAAUGUUUCUUUUUUAUUUGAUUUAAUGUAUUUGUUUUGUUUCUUGGACUCAUGUUUUGGUUUCCUGGAAAAUGUCAUUUAUCUGUCAAAUGUAAUGUUAUUUUUUAUUAUUUAUUUAUUCAUGUAUUUAUUCAUUUUGAUUUUUUAGUAUGUUUUUGCGUUGAGAGAUGUCCUGAUUUGAUUUGCUCCUCGCCCUUUUUGACCCUGCUGACUUGCCAUAGCCCUUUGUUCGCCGCCUCGCGUCAGCGCCGUGUCUGUCCAGCAGGUGGCGGCAGAGCGCAGGGAUCGCCGCCGUCCUCCUGUCGUUUCGGGACCGCUGCUCUCCCGAUGGAGCUUCUACACCUUUAAGAACCGGGACCUCCUCGGCUGACGGGUGCCAGCCGUGCGCCUGCUCAGUGUGCCGCGGUCCAGAUCCCGGUUCUGAGGGUUCGUGUGCCCGCGCUGAUGGUGUCGCUCAGUGGGAGUUCUGGUUUACGCUUUCGCUGGAGAAUGCGGCGCCGAGCCGCGGCUGCGCAGAAAAGCACAGGAAAAACAAGAUUCUGACAUGAAGAAAGACCUCGAGACGCUCAUCGCAGAGGAACGGGCUGAAAUCCUCUUGAAGUAUUCAACGGGCCGACAGGGCGGCGUGGAGAUCAACCCCUGGGAGGAUGCUGACUUCAGCCUGUAUAAAGCCAUUGACCGCUUCGGCUUCAUGCAUGCCAAAGAGCUGCCGGCUCCAGCAGCACAUGAGGAGAAGGUGAAGCAGCUGGAGGUGGAGAGAGCUGAGAAGUGGCUGAAGAUGGUGAGGAAAUGGGACAAAUACAAGAACAGUAAAAAGAUGGUGACCCGGGUUUACAAAGGCAUCCCCCUGCAGCUCCGCGGCCGUGCCUGGGCUCUGAUGCUGGAUGUGGAGCGGACAAAGAGCGAAAACCAAGGCAAAUAUGAGAGAAUGAAGGAACAGGCUCGGCUCUACUCACAGGAAAUCAAGCAGAUUGACUUGGACAUCAACAGAACCUUUCGGAACCACAUCAUGUUCAUGGAUCGGUUUGGAGUCAAGCAGCAGUCUCUGUUCCACGUCCUCUCUGCAUAUUCAGUCUACAACACGGAGGUGAGUUACUGCCAGGGCAUGAGUCAGAUCGCCGCCCUGCUGCUCAUGUUCCUGAACGAGGAGGAUGCCUUCUGGGCCCUGUCGCAGCUGCUGACCGACCACAAACACGCCAUGCACGGUUUUUUUGUUCCCGGUUUUCCCAAACUCCAGCGAUUCCAGGCGCAUCAUGACCAGAUCCUUUCCAAACUCCUGCCCAAGCUGAAGAAGCAUCUGGACAGAGAGCACAUGUCAGCCGGGAUUUACAGCACCAAGUGGUUCCUGCAGUGCUUCAUUGACAGGACGCCGUUCCCGCUGACGCUGCGCUUGUGGGACAUCUUCAUCCUGGAGGGGGAACGGCUUCUCACUGCCAUGUCCUACACCAUUCUGAAGACACAUAAGCAGCAUCUCCUGAAAAUGUCCCUGGAGGAGCUGAGGGACUUCCUUCAGGAGCGGAUCUCUCGCACUUUGCUCCUCAGUGAUGAUGUUAUGGUAGAACAGCUGCAGGCCUCCAUGACGGAGCUGAGAAAGAUGAAGCUGGACCUCCCUCCCCCAGGCAAGCUGGAGGAACUACCUCAAAAACCGCUGGGUCAGGAGCCCCCCCUGCUGCGGAGUCCAGUCCAAUCCUCCAGGGGGAGGCCGUCCUCAGCCAGUGCCCCCCCCAGAGUUGGCCUGAGCCUUCACAUCAUCUCCCACUCCACAGACUCUAUUUCCUCGGACCAGAGUCCUUCCAAGGACCCCAAAGACCUGGACGCCGUGGAGGAGCCGCUGCCCUCCCCAGAUCCAGUCAUCAUCCACAGCCAGGUCCCACUAACUCCUGACGGGUCCCCAAUGACGGGCCCCCCGCCUUACUGGCCCCCAGGGAGUCCAGAAGCACCCCCAUCAGGUCAUCCAGCAUCACUGCCGGAGGAUCCAGACAGAACUGGGUCCUGCACAGUCCCACGCUCUGCUUCUGCCCCGCCAGCUCAGCUGGUGUCAGGGAGUUUGGACUCGGCUCCACCGGAGUGCCCGGGGGCAGCAGAGCAGCAGGUUCUGGUCUCAGAAGUUCUGCAGAACAGGACUGCAGAUCACCUUUGAAUUGAAAGGUGUUACAGCAGCGAUCACGUCAAGUCAAACCCGUUUUCAUGAGUUUUCAAUCGUUUAGGGAACCUCUGCUCUGGUUUCCCCACUGAUUGUAUAUGAGAACUGGACCGAGUGAGUGUGACGUUACUUUAGGCUCCAACCACGUGAAGUCAAUUCAGUUGCCAUUAUUUUGUGAUACGGACACCGCCCUGCUUGAGCCAGACGAUGUCAGUAAGCAGUGAUUGGUCCAAGUCAAUCUGAGUCUAGGUCUCUAUGGCAACCACUCUGGCCAUUCAGGAGAGAGCUUGUAGGAAGGCCACACCCCUACCCCUUGAAAUAGGCCAACAAUAUGUCAACCACACAUUUCAAUGUUGGACGUGGGGUCUGAUGGGCUCCACCUACUUUCACGGAGGCAUUUGAUUGGUCAGUUUAAAGCGUGAAUAACAUGAACUAUAGAAAAAAUAUCAUGAUAAUUCUGACUAAUAGAAAGACUGAGCUACAGCUGUUUAUUUCUCUGUAGAAGUCUGGGAUUCGGGUUUCUUGGAGCCAGCAGGUACUUCCGGUAUGGAAUGUGAGGAGGAGGAGUCACUCAAUCCAGCUGUCAAAUAUAGUCACUGGUUUCCCCCACACCUUCAAAUCAAAUAACUGUAACAAAAGCUCUCUAUGGAGCAGAUCGACAGCUAUGGCUCUCAUUUGGAAGUCUGCUGAUAGUCUAAUCCAGGGGUGUCGAACUCAAUCUCACAGGGAGCCAAAAUCCAAAACACACCUUAGGCCGAACAGGAUAAACAUUUAUUGAACACUCUAAAACUAGAUUUGUAAAACUUUAA